GACCAUUAGAGCCAGUUUCACAACCUUCGGUUAAUUUAAUCGGCUGAUUUUUCUAUAGAAAUUGAUCAAUUGGAUUUGUCGUUAAGUAGAAUUGACCAUAAAUAACCAAUCACUGUUGAUACUUAACCGGUCAGUUCAGUUAAUCGGUGUGAAACAGACCCUAAGUAGUUGUUCUCGCGUGUACACUGAGAAGUUUCAAAUUGAUCGCGUAUUGUGUCGCAUAAGAAUCGACACGCGAAUGAGAAGGCCGGUGCCACUUGGGGGGGAGGGGGGGAGGAGAGAGAGAAUGCGAAGUACGCAGAUUGGAGCGAGACAUGUGUUUUAAAAAGCGAUAGCACCAUUAGAGUGUAAGCAAAAAAGAGAUAAAAUGCAAGAGCAACAAAAAUCGAGCAAACAAGCUAAGCAGUUGAUCGUCAAAUUGGGUAUGAACAAAAGUAAGAAAAGCUUGGUCGAGUGAUUGAAUUGUGCAUAGAUUUGGAUGAGUAACCAAAUCAUCUUUAACCCGGCGUCAUUGUUGCCGGGUAUCUAAUACCCGACGCAUUUUAAAACGGUCAUAACUUUAAAACAAAAUGCGCGCGUAAAUUGUCCGUUACAGUAGCUGCGGUCGUUGACCUCUUUUCGCGUAUUCACUUGUGUAUUUAGUGUUGCUGCGGCGACGACGGAGUUUACACGUGUAUAAAGAGCGCGCGGUUUUAUGAACCAUGUCUUAUGAAAAGGAACAAAGUCGAAUCCUAGCCUUGUUUGAAGAAGCUAGCGCUAGUGACAAUGAACAGUGCAGCUCAGACGACGAGGGUGAAAUCGACCAUCUUUCAGAGCGAAGUCAAGGCAGUGAUACGGAACAAGAAUGCAGUGAUGAUGAGCAAGAAGCAAUUGUUUCAACAAGUAAUCAGCAGUUUUAUAUUGGUAAAGACAAUUGCACCAAAUGGUCUUCGCAACCACCUCGGACCAACGUUCGCACAAGGUCAGAAAACAUAAUAUUACAAAAACCUGGGGUAAAGCUUAUUGCGCAAAAUGAUAAGACUGAAAUAGAGUGUUGGAGACGCUUUAUAACUAAUAAUAUGCUGGAACAAAUACUUUGUCAUACUAAUGCUAAGAUAAAACAGAGACAAUUGUCUAACAAUAAACAAUCGCUUCAGUAUUUAUUGAAAGAGACAACUAUAGACGAACUAUUAGCUUUGUUUGGCUUGUUAUACUUAGCCGGACUAAAUCGUUCUAAUCGCCAAAACUUGAGUGACUUGUGGAGAACCGAUGGUACUGGUGUGGAAAUUUUUAGUACUACUAUGUCUUUGCAGCGUUUUUACUCUUUACAAAGCUGUUUGCGUUUUGAUGAUGCAACAACACGCCAAGAGCGGAAGCGACUGGACAAUCUGGCUCCAAUUAGAUCUAUUUUUGACGAGUUUGUCUCAAACUGUAAAAAUACUUAUACUCCCAAUGAGUAUCUUACAAUCGACGAAAAGCUGGAAGCAUUUCGCGGCAGGUAUUCAUUUCGUCAAUAUAUCCCGAAUAAACCUGCGAAAUAUGGCAUUAAAAUUUAUGCUUUGGUUGAUGCAAAAAACUUUUAUACUGUCAACCUUGAAAUUUAUCCCGGUAAGCAGCCUGAUGGGCCAUUUUUGCAAAGCAAUAAAGCUUUCGAUGUUGUAGACAGAUUAGUGCAGCCUAUCUCUAAAAGUAAUAGAAAUAUUACAUUUGACAACUGGUUCACAAACGUUCCACAGAUAACACAUUUGCAACAAAAUCAUAAACUAACAUCUACAGGUACAUUACGUAAAAACAAAAAAGAAAUCCCACCAAACUUUAUAACCACGCAAAGAAAAGAAGUAUACAGCACUCAGUUUGCAUUCCAAAAAGAUAUGACGCUUAUUUCCUACGUGCCUAAACGGUCUAAAGUGGUGCUGGUAUUGUCUUCCCUUCAUCAUGACCAAAACAUUGAUCCUGCUAGUGGUGAAAAAAGGAAACCAGAGAUAAUCACAUUCUAUAAUUCUACGAAAGCUGGCGUCGAUGUAGUUGAUGAGCUCUGUCCUACCUAUGAUGUAUCUCGAAACUCAAAACGCUGGCCAAUGACAGUAUUUUAUGCGGUCAUGAAUGUAGCUGCAAUAAAUAGUGUGAUUAUUUUUCGUGAAAAUAAUAACUCGAAAACAAACCGACGUGAUUUCCUUAGAAAACUCGGUCUAUCAAUGCUUGAAGGUCAUCUUCGCGUGAGAAAAAAUAUGGAGAACUUACCGAGAGGCUUACGUAAACGUAUUCACGAACAAGUUGGUGAAGUUAUGACCUACCCUCCGAAUAAAAGUUCAAAAACAUACACGAGAUGCAAAGACUGUCCUUCUGCCAAAGACAAAAAAACUAGGCAUAACUGCAAUAAGUGUAACAAGCCUAUUUGUAUGCAACACAUUAUUCCAUUAUGCCAAAGUUGCGUUGAUCUCGAUAUCGAAUAAGUCGGUAUGUUAGUAAUAAAUAAGCUUUGUUAUAUAUAGUUCCUGAUUUCAUGUUUAUGUACUAAAGAAAAUUUUAUGUACUGCUUCUAAAUGUUAAUUAUUUUUUGUUUUUGAAUAUAUUUUUAAGUUACGUUCUAAAAAAAUGAUCUCAGAAUAAGAAGAUCUAAUUUGAUGAUAAUUUGUUCAUUUUAUGAUAAAUAAAUGUUUAAUUUUUAUAAAUAAUGUUUAUAAUUACCUAUUUCCCUAAUAUAGAAAACUGAUAUUGUCAUAAGCUUGAUUCAGUGUACAAUAAUGCACAUGGGUACAACUUACCCGGCCACAACGGCUAAGUUCUCUUUAGUAGCCACAAUGACGCCGGGUUAAUAUCAUAGCAUUUAAGUCUGAUUUUUAAAUGUUUGUUUCAUCAAUUUACAAGGUAACGUUUGUCACUCGGCGAGUGAUCUCUGUUAUUCUCUGAAUAUUUAUUAAUGUGAACA